AUGGAUUUAGGCACGGUGAUGACGGUGGUGGACCUGGUCCAAAAGGCCAUCGAGAUUUACCAGAAGAUCGAGAGUUUGCCGGUGCAACUAGAGAGGUUGGGGCGACGGAUGGAAGCCAUCAACAUGGUCUUGGUCCGACUACAGAACUUCCUACAACAGGCCGACCAAAACAACAGGAAGACGGGCCAAGGAGGCGGCCACGGCAAGCUACUGCCCGGCCAGCUGAGCGAUCUGCACAAGCUGCUCCAGGGGAUCCAAACUAACGCCGCGGCCGUGUACGAUGUCUUUGACCGGUACAACAAGGGGAUUCUGUCGCGGUCGAAGGACCUGACGUUCCGAGCGUCGUGGAUGGCGCAGGUGUGGUUCUCACUAGUCGAUAACAGCGCCGAUAAAGUGGAAGACCUGAUGAAGGAUAUCGACCACCAGCGCAGCGUGCUCAACGAUUACCUGGUAUUUGUGCUGGUGGAAAAGGCGUACGAGCCGUCGACGCCCAGGCUGGGCCGGCCGCCGGAAAGGAAGCUGUUGAUGCCACCGCCGACGAAUAAUAACAGCAACCACAGCAACGGCGGUCUCAACCACGGCACUUCAUCGGUGAGGCAACGACCGGUGCUCCCUUCACCGUCACCAUCACCACCACGGAAAGACUACCGAAUUCUCUUUGUUGAUCCGUACAACGAAGGCCGCAGUGUGAUCGCCGAAGCGCUGCUCAAGAUGAUCGGCCAGCUGACGCUGCAGCAAGCGACCAAAGACAAAGACAAAGACACCAAUAACUGGCGCAUCGCGCAAAUCAGCUCCGCCGGCUUCUUCAUAAAACGCCGACACGGCGCCACCGACGCGGUCGACACGCUCGACUACAGCGAAAAGUCCUUCCAGCUGCCCUGGCGACCAGGCGGCGAACCGCCCAACGCCGCCGCGAUGGCGGCCGUGUUCGACAACAAAUGGGCUGACUAUCCGUUCAAGCGAGAGGUGCAGACGGCCACGCUGGGCCGCAAAUCCACCGGUCUGCCUAAGGAUGUGUUUUCGACGUUUGACUUUGUCGUGGUCUUCACCAUGCGCGAACACGACAACAUGGUCAAGCUAAAGCAGGCGUUGAGUACCAAGAAAGGGGCAACUGCAAUUCCGUGUGGGAAAGGAAGAGUGCUGCAGCUUGGGGCGUAUUUGGGGCAGAAGAAGGGCCAGGUACGGGAGAUUCUGCACACGUUGGAGGAGAAGAAUGGGAGGAAGAACCGGGAGGUGUGGAACCGGCAGGUGUCGGAUAUUCGGACGGCGUUGAAGGGGUUUUUGAGGCAGGAGAUGAAGUGGACGGCACCGGUGGGCGACGAGAAGGAGAAGGAGAAAGAGAAGGAGAGAGAGAAGGACAAGGCGAAGCGGGCAUCUAUGGAGAAGGCAAAGGGGUUGCUGGGGUUAUCGACUGGGAAGCUGGCCCCAGGAAAGCCUGUGCCGACAGAGAAGCCGAAGCCCGCGCCAGAAAAGGGUAAGCCGAAGGUGGAAAAGAAGAAGUAA